AAUUCAUCGCUUAAUUUAAUAAUUGUGUCUAUGUUUACAGAAAUAAAUUAACAUGAAAAACACAAAGGAAUUAAGUUCGGACUCGGACACAGACAUUGAGAAACGGCAAAGAAAAUGGCAACAUCAACGCCAGCAAAAAGGCAAUAAAAAACCGAAGAAACGAGGUCAAAGCAACGGUAACGGUAACGGCAAAGAUUCAGACGAUGAUUUCGUGUCAACGAAAAAAGUUUACAAUUCGCCGCCAAAGCUUCCGAAUGUGGCUGCAGUAGGCCGACGAAAGAACGUCAUUCCGAAGAAACCACCCGUCAGUAGCAACGUUAACGUUAACGUUCUAGAUUCGCCGCCGAAGCUUCCGAAUGUGGCUGCAGCUCCGAAGAAACCACCCGUCAGUAGUGCUGCCAUAAAUGCCGCUCUCCUAAUUGCAACGACAAAAGAUCGCUCCUCAUCGCCAAGUAAUGCUACAGCUGCAUCUAAUCCAGCCAUCAAUAUUACCUCUCACCGAAAUACCACGUCCAGCAUCAUUGGUAGCGGUCGAACAGGUAGUACGCAAGAAGUGGCACAUCCAUUACCCAUUCGACAGUCGCCUCCCCCUAUGGAAUACGGAUCCGAAUGGGACACGGAUGGAGAAGCAACUAUUGCGCAACUAAAACAGAUGCAACGGAAACGACCGAGCAAAAAGGCUCACUCCACUUCAACGAAACCUGAAGUGAAGCAGACGCCAGUUCAGUCCAACCGUAAACGUGCUGCAUCCACUGAUGAGGCUAGUGAUGCUGUUGAAGCAACUACGAAACGGUCAACGUCAACGAAACGGUCAAAGGCAUCGAAACGGUCAAAGGCAACGAAAACGCAGCAAGACAGUGCAGAUGAGGCUGGUGAUGCUGAUCAAGAAACUACGAAACGGUCAACGUCAACAAAACGGUCAAAGGCAUCGAAGCGGUCAAAGGUAACGAAAACGCAGCAAGACAGUGCUGAUGAGGCUGGUGAUGCUGAUGAAGCAACUACGAAACGGUCAACGUCAACGAAACGGUCAAAGGCAUCGAAAGCUCAGCAAAGAAAAGACGACGAUGAAAAUGGAAACCGGGCCGUGAUACAAACGCAACUCGAAGAAAUCAUUUUUCUCGGAAACGUUUUCGAUAAAUCGAUACGCCGAUUUACGUGUCCAUUUGCCACUUGUAACGUCAAUUAUUCAACGUUCCUCAAUCUAAAGAAUCACGUCAAGAAGACUCACGAAGAAACUUUGCAAAAACCCAUCGAGACGGACACGAACAAUUGGCGACGAAUACAGAAUGCAAACAACAGAUUCGACAUCACUACGGUCAAGCAAAAACUGCGUCCUUUAAUUAUCGACGGUGAAACGAUAAUUAAGAAGCAAAGAGUACUGGAACCACUAGCGACGGAAAAGACGGAAGUUGCGACGAAAGUGUUCGAUAUAAUGAACAAACAGGCUGUAGAAUUGUCCAAACUGGCAAUUUUGUUUUCCAGCCUCGUUUACUUCGACGUCUACAACACAAUCAGCGACCCAGAAAACGGCAACGAAAUCGAUCGUAUAUUCGAAGAAGAGUUCAAUUGGAAAGAAAUGAUUUUGGAAUUUAAGCAAUUUCAAAGAAAUACUGCUAAAGCAAAGAAACCUCGACCGGCUAAACACAAUACGUUCUUCGAUCUCUGCAGAAAGUACGAUGUGGAAACGUAUUUCACGGAAACGUCCCAAAAUGCGUGGAACUCGAUUGUGGAUACAUUUGCGACCAAUUUCAAAACGAAUAUAACCACUCAUUUAUAUUCACGAAUAAGGAAAUGGUUAGCUUUCAAGCUACGAGAUGGGAAAAAGAAGAAGGACGUAUGUGGCAAAGAGAAUCGAAAGGAUAUCAACAACAAAAUCUACCACACGUGGGACGAAAAAGAAACGUGA